CAUCUAUGAUUGAAAAGCUCUUUUGGAAGCUGGUCCUGGAGAAGGAAACGUCCCUGUGAGAAGCGUGUGCCUUGCUGUUGGCCUUGCCCCCGUGGUCCCAACCCAGCUCUCCAAGAUGCGCAGGUGAGACCUGGAUUUCCCACCAAGCUCUCCACCCCACCAUCCUUGUCCACGGAAGGUAACCUCCAAGAUGCAGCUCUCGCUUCUCUCUCCUCCUUCGUUGGUGGCCUUUUCCCUGGUUCUAGAGGUCACCUUGGCCAAGCCGUUCGUCUACCUGGUCUACACCCAGAACUCCACCUGCCUCGAUUUCAAAGCUGUCCCGGCUUGCUUCGGCCCUCCGCUCCCCCAACUGGGUCUCACGGGCUACCUUGUCGAGGUGGUGCCCGCAAAUGCCUGCCAACCCCUAGUAGGCCCUCCGGUUCCUAAGACUUCUUCGCUGGGCUACAUUGCCCUCAUCCGUCGGUAUGGCUGUCCCUUUGGCCUCAAGGUCUUCCACGCCCAGCAAGCUGGCUACCGGGCGGCAGUCAUCUACAACUUCUACUCUGAUUUGCUUGUGAGCAUGGCUGUUGAGGCAGAAGGCCCGAAGGAGAAGAAGAUCUUGAUUCCGUCCCUCUUCAUUGGCGGGUCAGCCUCCAAGGUGCUGAGGGGGCUGGUCCGUUCUGGGAACGGCACCAAGGUCACGACAGUGGUGCCUCAGGGCUAUUACAAUCCCUGCUGGGAUGAUGACAUGGACAUCUCCGUUUGGGACCCAGCUCACCACUACCUGCAGUUCUGGCCGGGCUACUGCACCCAACAACUGAUUGUGGAAUUCCUCCGAGAGUUUGGGUUCGUGAUCCUCCUGAGCUUGGCAGUCAGUGGCCUGGUCUUCGCCGGAUGCUUGAAGUGGCACCGGCGGAGACAAGGCAUCAGGGUGAAGACCUUCAGGAGAGGCGACAGCUACAACCUCUGUGUGAUCUGCAUGGCGGAUUACGAGGUGGGAGAGAAGGUGAAGAUCUUGCCAUGCUCCCAUGCCUAUCACACCACCUGUAUCAACACCUGGCUCCUCAUCCAGCCCAGGAGCGGGAAGACCUGCCCCAUUUGCAAGCAGAAGGUUGGCGUUGUGAUCUAG